AUGGCGGACGAACCAGGACAACCCCCAGCGCUCACUACGCUUAGCCUCGCCGACAAGGCGCCCGCCGCAAAGGCCGUCGGCCAGGUCAUCACUCCCUUCGAUGUCUCUGGCGGUGUCGAUGAGACUGGCAAGCUCCUGCCCGUCGACUAUGACAAGCUUGUCCGCGAAUUUGGCGCCACUCCUCUCACCCCCGACCUGCUCGAGCGCUUCGAGAAGGUCACCGGCCACCGCCCUCACCGUUUCAUGCGCCGCGGCGUUGUGUUCAGUCACCGCGAGUUGGGCAAGAUCUUGGAUCGCCAUGAGAAGGGCCAGCCUUUCUAUCUCUACACCGGACGUGGACCCAGCAGUGACAGCAUGCAUGUGGGACACACCGUCCCGUUCGAGUUCACCAAGUGGCUUCAAGAUGUGUUCGACGUCCCCCUUGUGAUCAUGAUGACCGACGAUGAGAAGUAUAUGCAUUCCCAGAAGAUCGAGAUUGAGGACGCCAAGCGCUUCACCAAGGCCAAUGCGAAGGAUAUCAUUGCUGUCGGAUUCGACAUGAAGAAGACAUUCAUCUUCAGUGACUUCGACUUUGUUGGUGGCGCAUUCUAUGAGAACAUUUGCAGAAUGGCCAAGCGCAUCACAAUCAACCAAGUGCGAGGCACAUUUGGCUUCAACGACAGCAACAACAUUGGAGAAUUCCACUUCUGCGCCACCCAGUCCGCGACUGCGUUCGCGACCAGUUUCCCUCAGAUCUUCGGUACCGACCGCAAGAAGGUCUCCUCAAUUCCCUGCCUGAUUCCCUGCGCCAUUGACCAGGAUCCCUACUUCCGCCAAUGCCGCGAACACGCUGAGAAGAUGAAGUAUAAGAAGCCUUCGCUUAUUCACGCAAUCUUCCUGCCCGCUCUUCAGGGCCCUGGCUCGAAGAUGUCCGCCAGUGUCGAAACAUCCGCUAUCUUCAUGAACGAUACCCCCAAUAAGAUCAAGAACAAGAUCAACAAGUAUGCCUUCUCCGGUGGCCAGGAGACCCAGGAGCUUCACCGCGAGCUGGGUGGUAACACCAAGGUCGAUGUUCCCUUCCAGUACCUGACCUUCUUCCUCGAGGACGAUGAUGAGCUCGAGCGCAUUCGCACCGCUUAUGAGAAGGGUGAGAUGCUGACGGGUGAAUUGAAGCAACUCUGCAUUGCAGAGCUGCAGACGUACGUGAAGGCGUUCCAAGAGCGCCGGGCUCUGGUCACCGAUGAGAUUGUGGCCGAGUACAUGCGCCCGCGUCCUUUGGAGUGGAAGGGUAACCCCAACCCGGUGGUUGCCGAGAAGAAAUAA